GCCGCCUCAUGCCUCAGGCGCUUAAGGGGGCAGCUGAGCGGGACCUGGAUCCGAGCCCGGGGAAGCCGGAGAUGGCCGAGUCUGACCCUGGGGAAAGGAACUACGACAACAUGCUGAAAAUGCUGUCGGACCUGAAUAAAGACUUGGAAAAGCUAUUGGAAGAGAUGGAAAAAAUCUCAGUGCAGGCCACGUGGCUGGCCUACGACAUGGUGGUGACCCGCACCAACCCCACGCUGGCCGAGUCCAUGCGGCGCUUGGAGGAUGCCUUCCUCAACUGCAAGGAGGAGAUGGAGAAGAACUGGCAGGAGCUGCUCAGCGAGACCAAGCGCACGCAGUAGGCGCCACCCUGCCGCCCACACGCACCCGCGCGGCAGCGUCACAGCAACUCCAGCACGUGGCCCGGGCC